AUGUCCUUGGCAUCUGUAACGGAGGAAAUUGAUGUUAUGAUGAUGAGGAGGAGAAAGGUAUUCCAGGUAAUUCCUUCAAGUUUAAGGGAACUGUGGAGCAAAUGGCAGCUAAGAGUAGUAGUUUUGAUUAGUCUCAUCCUUCAAAUAGUGCUAAUAAUUUUUGGCAAUCGUAGAAAAUACAGUUCCAGAACUUGGAUUAGGUUUGUUGUUUGGUCUGCCUAUCUAGCAGCAGAUUCUGUUGCUACGAUUGCCCUUGGUGUAAUCUCAAGUAACUUGGGAGAAAUCUAUGAUGAUGAUGGUUCUAUUGACCCAAACGUUGAACUGAAUGCCUUUUGGACACCAUUUCUGCUGCUACACUUGGGUGGCCCUGACACCAUUACUGCAUAUUCCUUAGAAGACAACGAGUUAUGGUCUAGGCACUUCCUUGGACUAGUUACGCAAGUAAUUGGCACCAUUUACAUUAUUCUGAUGGCCUGGACUGGCUCUGAUCUUUCUGUACUAAUCAUUCUGAUGACUAUUGCUGGCCUUAUCAAGUUCGGAGAGAGGACAUGGGUCCUCCGAUCUGCUAGCAAUGACCAACUUAGAGACUCUAUGAGGAUUACUCGUUCUGAUCAAGGUCCGGGAAACUCCAAUCUAGUAGAGGAAUACAAGUUGCGGGAUGCUGAAGGAUACAAUGUGAUACCCAGCAGAGUGAUUGAGGUUCAGCUUCCUGUAGAUUCUGUUGUUUUAGAAGGCAAUUCCAUCUCCAAUGACCAUGAACUAUUGCUUCUAGCAUAUGGUUUGUUUCAUACAUUUAAGGCUCUUUUUGCGGAUGUCAUACUUGGAUCUCGAGAUCUCGAUACCAGCCAAACUAUUUUCAGGAGCAUUUCGUACGAGAAUGCUUACAAACUAAUUGAAAUGGAAUGUGGUUUCAUGUAUGAUUUGCUUUACACCAAGGCACUGUUGGUCUACAAUCCAUGGGGACUUAGCUUGCGCUUUAUCAGCUUCUUUCUUACAUGCGUUGUUCUGGUGCUGUUCUCUUUAACAUCGGAGAAGCAAACUUACUCAAAGGUUGAUCUUUCUAUAACUUUUGUUCUACUGGCUAUUGCAAUUUUUCUAGAGAUAUACGCAAUGCUAGUCCUGCUUUCCUCAGAUUGGACUAUUGUUUGGCUGAAUACUCAUAUUAAAGCACCUGCCUUGAAUGCGAUCACUUCUCUCUCUCUCUUGCAAAAUCCCAGGUGGUCGAAUUCCAUGGCCCAAUACAGCCUGCUAAACUUCACCCUUGAAGAAAAACCUGUGGGCUGUGUUGGAAUCUUAAGGCAGUUUAGCAUUGUCGAACAGCUAGAGCAGCAAAGAUAUAUAACUUCUGCAGAAGUCAUUGGCAGUUUAAAAGAAUGGAUCUUUAAUCAUUUCAAGAAGAAGCUUAAUGAAAUUCACCAGGAAGCAGAAUUGGGUACAUAUAAUCUUAGAGCCUUGACCACUGCAAGAGGAAACCUUGUACUGCAAAAGUAUGGUCAUAGCGCAUUGAGUUGGAGCACUGAGGUAGAGUUCGACCAAAGCAUUCUCAUAUGGCAUUUAGCUACAGAAAUAUGCUGCAACGUAGAAGAUUCUACAGCUGAUAGCAUUCAAUCAAAGCAUGACAUAAGCAAACUCUUGUCUCAGUAUAUGCUUUAUCUUCUAGUCAUGAAUCCUUCAAUGUUACCCAUAGGAAUCGGUCAGUUUGUCUUUGAAGACACUUGUGCAGAAGCUCAGAAAUUUUUUAGCACAGAAGGUAAACUUAAUGUUCAUAAGAAUUUGCUUCUGCAAUAUAAAACUGGAGUCCAACUGCCUGGAGAGAGGUACAGAUCAAAGAAAUCUGUUCUAUCUGAUUCAUGCAGACUUGCACAACAAUUGGAAGAUGUUUCAAAUAAGGAAGAGAAAUGGAGCCUUAUUGCUGAUGUUUGGGUGGAAAUGGUAGCUUAUGUUGCAUAUCAGAGUAAUGGAAGACAGCAUGCUGAACAACUAAGAGAAGGGGAGAGUUCCUAA